AUGCUAGAGUCUGCUAUUAAGUUUAAGAAAGCUUUUUCCAACUUACUUUUAAAAGAUUCAAGUUGUGAGAAAGAGUUAAAAAAGUUUGGGGGUGCUUUGAUUGAUGAAGAAGAUUGGAGCAAUGUUAAUGGCUUGUUACCUUUUUUAGAGAUAUUUUAUGAAGCUACGUUGAGAUUUUCAGGUUCUCGAUAUGUGACUGCUAAUGCGUAUGUGCAUGAGAUCUUUGGAAUUGGCACCGUGAUUGAUAGUUACACUAUGAAUGAUGAUCUUUCGGUAUGUUCGAUGGCACUUGAUAUGAAAAGAAAAUAUCAAAAGUAUUGGGGGGAUGUUACUAAGUUAAACCAUUUUUUGUUCAUUGUUGUGGUUCUUGACCCAAGAAGGAAAUGGAAAUAUAUUGAAUGGCUUAUUGGAGCAAAAUAUGUAGAUGGGUGUGUCCGUAAAAGUCUUGACUCCAACUUACAUGCUUUGUUUGAUUUUUAUAAAAGGUCUAUUCCUCAAAAGGAGAAAGACUUUGAGGUAUCAUCGACAUCAACGGAGAAAGAGAGUUCUAAUUCUAGCCAAGUAACGGACAUUGACGAAAUAAUGACCAAGCGGUUUGAAAUGGCCAUGGGAAGUUCACAAACAUCUUUGACAAAAAGUGAGUUAGAUAAGUAUCUUGAUGAGGAUCGAGAGCCUAUGGACCAACGGUUUGACAUAUUAAAAUGGUGGAAAGUUCAACAAUGCCGGUAUCCCAUUCUUGCUAAAAUGGCUCGAGAUAUUCUCGCCAUUCCAGUGUCUACGGUUGCCUCCGAGUCGGCUUUUAGCACCGGUGGACGGGUGCAUGAUUCGUUCCGAACUUCGUUAACCCCAAGAAUGGUUGAAGCGUUGGUAUGUGCACAAGAUUGGUUGCGUGCUUCUAAUAACAAGAUUUUUAUCGAAAACACCAUUCUUGACAUCGAGAGCUUGGAAGAAGGUAUGAAGGAGUUAGCCUUGGAACAACCCACCAUUAUCAUUGAUGAAACGGUUAAUGAAGGUUAUGAGGCAUCCGAAACGGCGUAA